ACCCAUCCAUAUAUAAUAGAGCCUCCUUCAGAAAUAUGAAAAAAAAAAUCACAAGUCUUUGUCUGAACAACCAGCUUUACUAUUCAACUGUUCUUCUUCUUUCAUCUCUCGCCUAUCGAAUUCGAACCCGACACAAGAUCAAAUUUUUAGGGCUCCUCAAUCCUCUCUCUCUCUCUCUCUAAUCUAUCCCUCUUCUUCUUCGCUUGUAUGAACCGGAAUUAGGGUUUUGCCUCUAUUAUCAUUGUAUAAUUUAGAAUUAGGUCCUUUUUUGUUUCAAUUUUGUAAAUUUAUAAUUUUUUUGUUCGCUUAAUUUUGAUUUUUCAGUUUUGAUGUAAAGAAUACAAUAACAGCGAUGCAAUUGCUAUCCUGUAAUCUAGUUUCUACAUCUUCGUCGCGCAAUUGUAUGUAAAUUAGGGUUAGGAUUAGGGUUUUUGGAUUGUUUUUGGUGUUUGAUUUUGUGGGCAUGGAGAAUUCGCGUAGACCGUUCGAUAGAUCGCGAGAACCGGGUCCGAAGAAGCCCCGGUUGAUGGAAGAGCUGGAUCGGGCUUCGAAUUCGGGUGCCCGACAGUUUCAUCAGCGACAAGUGGCUUCUGGGAUCACCACGUUGUCGUCUGCAAGGUUUAGAACAAACGACAGAGAUCUUGAAAGCAGUGAUUUUGGUCGCCGGGGCGGUGCCGGUGGCGGUGGCGGCGGUUAUCAGCCGCAGCCACUGCCAUUUCAGGAGCUUGUGGCUCAGUAUAAGGCAGCUCUUGCAGAACUUACUUUCAACUCGAAACCGAUAAUUACCAACUUGACUAUCAUUGCAGGGGAGAAUCAAGCUGCGGAGAAGGCCAUUGCAGCCACUGUUUGUGCUAACAUUCUAGAGGUUCCUAGUGAUCAAAAGCUGCCAUCACUUUAUCUCUUAGACAGUAUUGUUAAGAAUAUUGGGCGGGAUUAUAUAAAAUACUUUGCUGCCAGGCUACCUGAGGUAUUCAUCAAAGCAUACAGACAGGUUGAUCCUUCUGUCCAUCAAAGUAUGAGGCAUCUUUUUGGAACUUGGAAAGGAGUCUUUCCUCCUCAGACCCUUCAGGUUAUUGAGAAGGAAUUGGGCUUCACUCCUGCAGUCAAUGGCUCAUCUUCUGCUUCUGCUACACUCAGGAGUGAUUCACAGUCACAACGUCCACCUCAUAGUAUCCAUGUGAAUCCCAAAUACUUAGAAAGACAGCGUCUACAGCAGUCCAGCAGGACUAAAGGAGUUGUUGAUGAUAUCACUGGAGCGAUUUCAAAUACAAAUGAUGACCCAGAGAUGCCUGGUAGAACUUUGGGCGUUGGACGACCAUGGGUGGAUCCUAGUGUUACUGUUAACAUCCAUUCACGUGAAAAUGAGCAAUGCGCUCACAGAGGUGCAUUCAAUGAUUCUGUUCUGGAAAAGAGCAUUGGUGCAUCCUAUGGAAGCAAUGAAUAUGGUUCCAAUAUUUCAAGGAAUUUGGGCUUGGGUAUCCGCCGACCUGGUGGUAGGGUGACUGAGUCAGGACAUGACAAAAGUUGGUACAGCAAAUCUGGUGUCGUUGCAGGGACCAUGUCUGGGCAAGGAAAUGGUUUAGGUCUUAAGUAUAGUUUUUUGAAUACUGAAGCACCAAAGUCCAUGAUUUUGGAUGUGCAUCAUCAGCCUACACAGAACAUAAGUAGCACACGUACCAGUGUGAUCUCUGCGAGCUGGAAAAAUUCUGAGGAAGAGGAGUACACAUGGGAUGAGAUGAACUCUGGCCUGACUGUUCAUGGUGCAUCCACUGUUAGCAACUUGAGCAAAAAUAGUUGGACUGCUGAUGAUGAGAAUUUGGAAGCUGAAGAUUGCCUCGAAAUCAGAAAUCCUUUUCGGGCUAAUGUUGAUAGAGAAAUGUCCAUUGAAUCUCAAGCCACUGAAAAGAAACAAUUACCUUCAUCUCAUCAUCAUCCAUCACUAUCAUGGCAAUUGCAGGAGCAGCAAUCUAUUGAUGAAUUGAAUCGGAAGGCAGGUCACUCGGACAGAUUUGUGUCCACACAUGGUGCCAUACCAGCCAAUGCAAAUUCUUCUGCUGCCAGGAUGGUCAAUCAGCCUUUCCUGUCAAAUGCAACAAUAGGAUUGCCAGGAAUUGCAGGCCAAUUUCAUUCUUUGGGAGCUGAAAACCCUUCAGGGCAGUCACCUUUACAACAAAGGUCUCCGUCACCGCCAGGUCCAUUCUCUUCAACGACUUUUCAGGCAAGGCAUCAGCACCAACUGGGCUCUUCUCACAAUGAAGUUACUGUUAAGACUGAGAAGCCACCCAUGUCCGAAGUGCCUUUAGCCAGAGAAACUAAAAGUAAUCUGGAUACAGGGAAUCUUCCAUCUCGGUUAGGGGUUCGGCCUUCACGGUCAGGUGGCCCUUCCCCUGCCACAUUAAUUUCUUCAGUGUCCAAAAUUGCAUCACCAUCUUCGUUAGGUCCUUCCAGCGAUAAUGUAUCUGUUCUUCCAAAAAUACCUCUAAGAAAGGCUGGACCACCUAGGGCAUCUACUCUACCACCAGCUUCCUCUAAUGUCAGCAGUGCCUCAGCCCAGACAUCAAGUGAUACCAAUAAUACCUUAAAUCCAAUUGCAAACCUUUUAAGCUCUUUAGUUGCAAAAGGUUUGAUAUCUGCAGAAACAGAGUCACCAGCUAAGGUGCCUUCAGAGUUGCUUACUCGAUUGGAAGAACAAAGCGAUAGCAUUACCACCACUAGCUCUUUGCCUGUGGCUUCAGUGUCUGGUUCUGCCACUGUCCCUGUUCCUUCUACCAAGGAUGAGGUAGACGACACUGCAAGAACGCCUAUAUCAUUGUCUGAAUCAACCAGCCCAGGAAUCAGAAAUCUCAUUGGCUUAGAGUUUAAGCCUGAUGUAAUUCGAGAAUUCCAUUCAUCUGUAGUUAGUGGAUUAUUUGAUAAUUUUCCACAUCAGUGCAGCAUAUGUGGCCAUAAGCUUAGAUUCCAAGAACAGUUCAAUAGACACUUGAAGUGGCAUGCCACAAGAGAAAGCGAAGAAAAUGGUUUAAUUAGUGCAUCUAGAUGGUAUCUGAAGUCAAAUGAUUGGAUUCUUGGCAAGGCUGAGUAUCCAUCUGAGAAUGAGUUUACUGAUUCUGUAGAUACAUAUGGCAAAGAAGCAGACAAAAGUCAAGAGGAUGCUAUGGUUCUAGCAGAUGAAAAACAAUGCUUGUGUGUGUUGUGUGGUGAGCUAUUUGAAGAUUUUUACUGUCAGGAAACUGGUGAGUGGAUGUUCAAAGGGGCUGUUUACCUGGCCAACUCUGAUAGCAAAAGUGAGAUGGGAAUUAGAGAUGUGAGUACUGGAAGGGGUCCUAUCAUUCAUGCAAGUUGCUUAUCAGAUAACUCAGUUUCCAGUGUCCUCGAGACGGGACAGGAUUAAAGCAAGUGUAGAGCAUUGGAGCUCUGCUGUAGCAAGAACUUGGAAGCCGAUUGAACCCAGGUUUACUUUGCAUUUUCCAAAUUUGAUGGCUCUUGAUGCUAAAUUUAUUUCUCUAAUUGGUUUCUAGAGCUGUCAAACAAAUUUUGUGCACUUUUUUUGUUUUCCUUAGUUUCUUUUGUACUCAGGAAGAAGAGGAAAUUCCUUAGUGUUCAAAGUAUAUAAAUGCGAUAGUUUUUGCAGCUCAACUUUUGCUCAUUGAUGUGGUUGCCUAACUUCAUUUUAAAUGAAGUGGAUUUUUGUUUUCUGAACAGCAUCUGGUUGUAAUAUGGAGCAAAGCACUAUGGCCAUAGUUAUCGCAAAUGUUGGAUGGCAUUCUCUGUAUCAUUGGAAUCGCAACAAUUCUGAUUCCCUAGUAUGUGCUUUCCUUCCCUUCCCCCCCCCCCCCUCCUUUGCUAGGGGUUUUGGAAUUUGGGGCUUUCCUAAUAUCCAAAUUUCAGUUUUAUGAACAACAAUGGAUCUUGGUUUUAGUUUGGCCGAGUACUGAGAUUUUCCUUAUUGGUGGUCAAUGAAGAAAAAGAUGUACAUUGCCGAGCCAUUAUUGUUUAAUGUUGAUUCUGCCAAGUACACCAUUUAGUUGGAGAAUUAGGUACCCUGAUGAAUGAUACUCGCACAACGUUUGUUUGUACAAGAAAUUUCUGCAACGCGUAGUUUGCGUUUUGAUUUUUUUGCCAUUUACUUUUGCUACUGUCACAUUUCUCCCUGUUCCUUGUUAAAGAGUUGAUAUGAAAAGGUUUUUUUUGCA